AUGGCUGCAGUAACCCGAUAUUCCGGGAAGGUGGUGGUGGUGACUGGGGGCAGCAGGGGCAUCGGGGCGGCGAUCGUGAGAGCCUUCGCCGCCAGAGUGGCAGGUGCUCUGGAUGGCCACAAGAGGGCAGCAGAGGCAGUGACGCAGGUCGGCAGGGCCUGUAACUUUGUUGUCUUUCUGUUGGCAGUGGACAGUGGGUCGCAAGUCGUUUUCUGUGACAAGGAUGAGGCUGGGGGCCGGGCUCUGGAGCAGGAAGUCCCGGGAACUGUCUUCAUCCCCGGUGAUGUGACACAGGAGGGAGAUUUGCAGACUCUGAUUUCUGAGACCCUCUCUCGAUUUGGCCACCUGGAUUGUGUGGUGAAUAAUGCCGGCUACCACCCGCCUGCACAGUCGCCCGAGGAGACCUCUGCCCAGAGCUUCCGCCAGCUGCUGGAGGUGAACCUCCUGGGGACAUACACCUUGACCAAGCUUGCCCUCCCCCACCUGCGGAAGAGCAGAGGAAACAUUAUCAACAUCUCCAGCCUGGUCGGGGCCAUCGGCCAGUCCCAGGCAGUCACCUACGUGGCCACCAAGGGCGCGGUGACUGCCAUGACCAAAGCUUUGGCCUUAGAUGAGAGCAGACAUGGUGUCCGCGUCAACUGCAUCUCCCCAGGAAACAUCUGGACUCCACUGUGGGAGGAGCUUGCAGCCUCAACUUCAGACCCCAGGGCCACCAUUCUAGAAGGCACCUUGGCCCAGCCCCUGGGCCGCAUGGGCCAGCCAGCAGAGGUGGCGGCUGCAGCUGUGUUCCUGGCUUCCGAAGCCACCUUCUGUACAGGGCUUGAGCUUCUUGUGACCGGGGGUGCAGAACUGGGGUAUGGACGCAAGGCUAGCAGAAGCAGUCUUGUGGAAGUCCCCACCCUCCCACCUAACACCUAGGUUCUGUGCCCACUUACCAAUCAUCCCUCACUCAUGAAAACAAGUUGCAGCCCGGCACUGGUACACACCUUUCAUCCCAGCACUCAGGAGGCAGAGGCAGACGGAUCUUUUCGAGUUCGAGGCGAGCCUGGUUUACUGAGUGAGUUCCAGGACAGCCAGAGAUACACAAAGAGAAACACUGUCUUGGAAAAAAAUAUAAAUAAAUAUAAUAACAAAAAAAAAGAAGG